AUGGACACUGUCCUUGAUGCUGAUGAGUCCUUUACCUCCUUCCUUCUUUCCCUCAUUUUCACCAUUAUCCUUUACUCUCUUUAUUUCUUUGCUUUACCAAAGAUAAUACCUCCCCACUUCUCUCUCUCUCUCUUUUCCACUAUUCCUCUUCCCCACCCCUUUCUUCAUCGACCUUUCCAUCUUUUUCUAUGUUUUUUUUUAUUUUCAUUUUUAUUUUUCUUCAUUUUUAUCAUAUACACACUCCACCAGAACUUUCCUCCCCCUUUUCUUCUAUUUCUUCUUCCUACUGUUCUUCUUUCCUUUCAUUUCUUUUCUUUCUUUUUUUUUUCUUUCACCUUUCCUUUCUUUACCUCCUUGUUCCUCUCUUUCCCUCCCUCCUUUCUGUCUUUUCUUGUCCCUCCCUUCUUUCUGUCCCCUCUUUUCUCUUCAUUCUCCAUUUCUUCUUUUCCUUUUUUCUGUUUGCUUUUUCUUUUUUUUCUUCAUUCUAUUUUCUCUCUCUGCUUCUUGUCCACUCUUCCAUUUUUCCUGUCCUCUCUUUUCUUCCAUUUUCUUGUUCCACCUUUUCCUUCCCUUCUUCCAUUUCUUUUUCCCCUUCUUUCCCUUCCCUCUUUUUCUUCCUUUCUUCCGUUCCCUCUCUAUCCACAUACUUCUACAUCAUCCUUUCCUCCCUCCUCUCUCUCUCUCUCUCUCUCUCUCUCUCUCUCUGCUGAUAAUCUCUGCAUAAGUCUAUAUUCCAUUCUACCUUAUUUUACCCAUAUCUAUCUAUCUAUCUAUCUAUCUAUCUCUCUCUCUCUCUCUCUUUUCUCUGUGUUUGUUGUUUUCUGUUGCUUCUUGUUAGCCCUGUUUGGUGUUUUCUGUUGCUUCUUGUUAGCUGUGCUUGUUGUUUUCUUCUCCUUGUUAGGUGUUUUUGUGGUUUUCUGCUGCUUCUUGUCAGCCAUUUUUGUUGUUUUCUGCUGCUUCUUGUCAGCCAUUUUUGUUGUUUUCUGCUGCUUCUUGUCAGCUCUGUUUGUUGUUUUCUGCUGCUUCUUGUUAGGCAGACUUAAUCUCUCUCUUUCUCUCUCUCCCUCUCUCUCUCUUUCUUUCUCAUUUCAUUUUCUUCUGUUUAUUUUUCUCCUCCUCUUUUCUUAUUUAUUGCUCCUUUCUAUUUCCCUUUUCCUCUUCCUUUCUUUUCCCUCUUCUCUCUUCCCUUUCUUUUUAUCUUGCUUUCUAUCCUUCCUUUCUCUCUCUCCUGCUUUCUCUCUUCCCUUUAUAUUUCUCCCACUCUCUCUUCCUUUUUCUUUCUCACUUUAUUUUCUAUUUCUCUUUCUCUCCAUUCCAUCUCUCUCUCAUUUUUUCAUGUUUCUCUUUCCUUUUUAUUUCUCACUUUCUCUUUUCUCCUUUUCUUUUUCCACCUUUUCUUUCUCUUCUCCUCUCAUUCUAUCAUUCCCACUCUUAUUAUUUUCUCUUUCUCUUUUUUCUUUCAUUUUUCGUACUUUUCUCCCUAGUUUCUUUUUACUUACUGACUUUUCUCAUUGUGCUCUUUGGUCGUCAAUUUUUUUUAUUGUUGUAAAUGGUACUUACCUUUCUUUUCCUUAUUAUUAA